AUGGGGACGUGGAAGGCGGCAAUGGGCGGGAAGGCGGCCGGCACGGGGGGUAAGCCGGCCGGCGGCGAGAAGCACAGGUGCCCGCCGGCCGCCCGAUCGCGGAUGAAGCUGUGGAUGGUGCGCGCCACCACCACGGUGCUGCUCUGGACCUGCGUCGUGCAGCUCACCGCCGUCGGCGAGACCUGGGGGCCGCGCGUGCUCAAGGGAUGGCCCUCCUGCCUCACCGCGCCCGAUGAGGCCGCCGUGCGGGCGGACCACGCCGUCGAGAAGGCCGCGGCAUUGCCGCCCAAAAGAAUUUACAGGAACAAUGGUUACUUGAUGGUCUCGUGCAAUGGUGGUCUUAACCAAAUGCGAGCUGCCAUAUGCGACAUGGUUGUGAUAGCAAGAUAUUUGAAUGUCACCUUGGUUGUGCCUGAGUUGGACAAGACUUCAUUUUGGAAUGAUCCUAGUGAGUUCCAAGAUAUAUUUGAUGUUGAACAUUUUAUAACCUCGUUACGAGAUGAAGUUCGCAUACUUAGAGAAUUGCCUCCACGGGUAAAGCGAAGAGUUGAACUUGGUAUGUUCCACUCAAUGCCACCUAUCAGCUGGUCUGAUAUCUCCUAUUACCAUAAUCAGAUUCUUCCAUUGAUACGGAAACACAAGGUUCUACAUUUGAAUAGAACUGAUGCUAGGUUAGCAAACAAUGGUUUACCUAUGGAUAUUCAGAAACUACGCUGCCGAGUAAAUUAUGGCUCUCUGAGAUUUACGGCCGAAAUUGAAGAUUUGGGCAAGCGAGUAAUAAGGAUGCUUCGCCAAAAUGGUCCUUUCUUGGUUCUUCAUUUACGUUAUGAAAUGGAUAUGCUGGCUUUCUCUGGUUGUACUCAAGGUUGUAGUAACGAAGAAGCAGAAGAGCUCACAAGAAUGAGGUAUGCUUACCCAUGGUGGAAAGAGAAAAUCAUUGACUCUGAUUUGAAAAGAAAAGAUGGCUUUUGCCCAUUGACACCAGAGGAGACUGCUCUUGUUCUAAGAGCAUUAGACAUUGAUAGAAGUAUGCAAAUAUACAUUGCAGCUGGAGAAAUAUAUGGUGGAAAACGUAGGAUGGCAGCUCUCACUUCAGCUUAUCCAAACGUGGUGAGGAAAGAGACGCUCUUGGAACCUUCUGAUCUAAUGUUCUUCCAGAACCAUUCUUCGCAAAUGGCGGCACUAGAUUACAUGGUUUCUUUAGAAAGUGAUAUAUUUGUUCCCACAUAUGAUGGCAAUAUGGCCAAAGUUGUUGAGGGUCAUCGCAGGUUCAUGGGUUUCAAGAAGACGGUUUUGUUAGAUCGAAAACUUAUUGUUGACCUAACAGAUCAGUACAACAAUGGUUUGUUGCGAUGGGAUGAGUUCUCUUUGCUGAUCAAGGCUGCCCAUGCCAACAGCCGGAUGGGGUCAGCCUCAAAGCGGACGGUGAUUCCCGAUAAACCCAAGGAAGAGGACUACUUCUAUGCAAAUCCCCAGGAGUGCCUGAAAGACCCUGAUCUUCUGCGCACAUCAUGAUAACCACCAUUCAUGUCAAUAUUCCAUUCACCUUAUACCAUUUUGUCACAAACACAACGAAUCUGAAAUCUGGAUUCAUGGUUAAAGGGGGUGGCUCGGCUUAUGCUUGAGACGUAGAUAAGUCAAUGUAAACCAGGGGAAAGGGGAGGACAUGACUAUUGUACAUCUGGAUGUAGUUGCCUAGCUGGUAAAUACACGUUAUAGAAAAGGGGGCCUGAAUUUGUUAAUCUCACCAAAUAAGGAUUGAUACUGAUACUCUUGUAUAGAUGUACCACGAAGAGGAAAGUAAUUUAAAGAGAGAAGUCAGACAGAGAUACUUGAUUCACAUUUCUGGCCUUUGGGCUGAAAAUUUGUAACUCCACAUUGUUUAUUGGA